AUGGCUAUAGGUGGAUGCGCACGCGGCUAUCGUUGGCGGCGGACUGCCGCGCGCGGUCCCCACUACGGCGCCCUGACCUACACACGAGUACUAGAUGGCGCGCCAAAUGCACGUACAUGUCUGUUACAUCAAAAACUUCAGCUUCUGAACUGCUGUAUCAAACGAGCACAAGAGGCAUCUUCGAGUGCAACGGGAAAUUCGUCUGAUGAAGAAUUUUUCGACUGUUCUGAAGAUGAGGGAGCAGAUGAUCAAUUGCCCUGGGACAGACCUAUUGGACGUCUUAACCGUCUUGAAGACGCCACUCUCAAGAAUGGGGCUCCACUUUAUAUUCCGCGUACCCAGGACCCGGCUCCUAAAACAGAAGAUCAAUUGGAAGAAGAUGCUGAGCUCAUGGUUAGGUUGGGAGACAAUGCAAAAGCAUCUGAACUUCGAGCAAGAAUGAUGAGCGCGUCUCUUCUGUCUGACAUGGAAGCUUUUAAGGCAGCUAAUCCUGGCGCAGAAUUAUGUGAUUUCGUAAGAUGGUACUCACCUCGGGAUUGGAAACCAGAUGAUGGCGGUUCUCUAGGAGAUAGAAUGCUUUUACCCGGAAAUCCUUGGGUCGAAGCUUGGAAUGUAGCGCGACCAGUACCCGCAACUAGACAGAGAAGACUCUUUGAUGAAACACGAGAAGCAGAACAAGUACUGCAUUUCCUUCGAUCGCGAACCGUAGGAGCCGUGGCAGAACUUUUGUUACCAGCUAUUUUGAGGGCAGGCGCAAUAAAGGCGAUGUCUGAAGGGGCUGCGGCUAAUAGUUCAUCAAUUGGUGGUGUAGAUAAAAGGCGCACCUUCGAAAUUGCUGCAAGAGAGUUAUUUGAAGCUGAAAAAGAAGCCUGUCGUUCUAUUUGUGUGCGGAAAGUGUUAGGUAAUAGUGCAGAAGGCAAACCUCUAGACGUCGCUGGUAGAUCAAGGGUUUUAAAUGCUAUGGGUGGCGCAUUGCCUGUGCCUACUCGACGUGAAUUUACUUUAAGAGUGAAGGAUGAAGUUGGCCCACAGGUAAUGCGCGCGGCUCUUUCUAACGAUAUGACCAUAAUUGGGGCGUUCACUGAACGAAUUGUAUGUUUG